ACGCCACCGGGUGCCAUCGUUUAUAUAAGACUGAAUCUUACAUUUGCAACAUAUUGCAGAUGACUUUUAUUGUACAGUUUGCUUUUUUUUAAGUAUUGCAUUUCCUGCUGCGGGGCUGACGGUGACAAGAGACGAGAGAGAUCCCACAAUUACACAACAUACAUAGGUCCCCUCCUCUCCGGCCGCCCUGCCGCUCUAUGAUCCGCGAAGCUCGGAAUUGCGCCUGAGCGCGCUGGCAAGCCUCGGGUCACGUGGCCGUGUUGGUGACGUCGGCGGAGGGGGGCAGACGCAAGAUGGCGGUGGGGAUCUGAGUUGGAGGGAAGGGGAGGAAGCCGAGCGCCGAGUGUUACCAUCCGCCGAGUCUCUUAGGGCGAUGGCCUCCGCUGGAGAAGUUAGCGGGGAAGCAGCUAGCUGUGGCGAUCCUUCAUAAAAAAUGGAUAAGGAACUUUUCCCCAAAACCUGGAUUUAUGAAAAGUACAAAAUGCCAAACUGUACCUGGAAGAGCCAACAGGCAAAAUGUCAGAGUGACUGACAAGAUGGGAGCAAACACAUCAAACUACCCUCACUCGUGUUCCCCGAGGGUAGGGGGAAACUCGCAGGCACAGCAGACUUUUAUAGGAACAUCAUCUUACUCUCAUCAAGGCUAUGGCUAUGAAUCAAAAUUGUACAGCCUUGAUCAUGGUCAUGAAAAACCACAGGACAAAAAAAAGAAAACGUCUGGCCUUGCUACACUUAAAAAGAAGUUUAUUAAACGGCGUAAAUCGAGCCGAUCUGCUGAUCAUGCUAAGCAAAUGCGAGAACUGCUAUCGGGUUGGGAUGUCAGAGAUGUGAAUGCACUUGUGGAAGAAUAUGAAGGCACAGCAGCCUUAAAAGAGCUUUCACUGCAAGCAAACUUGGCACGACCAGAUGCCAGGACUCUGCAGAAAGAUAUGGCUGAACUUUAUGAAUACAAGUACUGUACAGAUGUUGAUUUAAUAUUCCAGGAAACAUGCUUUCCUGUACAUCGUGCCAUAUUGGCAGCAAGAUGUCCAUUUUUUAAGAAGUUGCUUUCAUCAUCCCCUGAGUAUGGAGCUGAGAUUAUUAUGGAUAUAAAUACUGCUGGUAUAGAUAUGCCUAUGUUCUCUGCUCUUUUACACUACCUUUAUACAGGGGAGUUUGGCAUGGAGGAUUCCAGAUUCCAAAAUGUAGAUAUCCUUGUACAACUAAGUGAAGAAUUUGGUACACCAAACUCCUUGGACUUUGAUUUGCGUGGUCUGUUUGAUUACAUGUGCUCUUAUGAUGCAGUUCUCAGCUUUUCUUCAGACUCUGAACUGGUGGAAACAUUUGGAGCACAGAGUUGCCUAGAAGAUGAACUCAGAGCUCACAAAGCAGUUCUUUCAGCCCGUUCUCCAUUCUUCCGUAACUUACUGCAAAGGCGAAUAAGGACAGGAGAAGAAAUUACAGAUAGAACAUUAAGGACUCCAACUCGGAUAAUUUUGGAUGAGUCCAUAAUACCAAAAAAAUAUGCAAAGGUUAUUUUGCAUUGUAUGUAUACAGAUGUAGUUGACCUGUCCUAUGUCUUGCACUGCAGUCCAUCAGUUGGGAGCUUAAGCGAAGUUCAGGCUCUAGUAGCUGGAAAGCCAAACAUGACCCGGGCUGAGGAAGCUAUGGAGCUGUAUCACAUAGCACUGUUCUUAGAAUUUAACAUGCUGGCACAAGGCUGUGAAGAUAUUGUUGCUGAGAGCAUCUCUCUUGACACACUUAUCACCAUUUUAAAGUGGAGCUCUCAGCCAUAUGGUUCUAACUGGGUUCAUCGGCAAGCAUUGCAUUUCCUCUGUGAGGAGUUUAGCCAGAUCAUGACUUCGGAUGUUUUCUAUGAACUUAACAAAGAUCACUUGUUAAGUGUAAUCCAGUCUGACUAUCUUCAGGCAAGUGAGCAUGAUAUACUUAAAUAUCUUAUCAAGUGGGGUGAAUAUCAGCUGAUGAAAAGGAUAGCAGAUAGAGAGCCUAACUUACUGAGUGGCACAGCCCAUAGUGUAAACAAGCGAGGUGUGAAAAGAAGAGACCUUGAUACUGAAGAGUUGAGAGAGAUCCUGUCUCCACUGUUGCCAUUUGUACGCAUUGAGCACAUUCUCCCGUUGAACAGUGACAUACUAAGUGACCCUAUGAAGCGAGGCCUAAUAAGCACCCCUCCUACAGACAUGUUGCCAACUUCAGAAGGAGGAAAAUCAAAUUCUUGGUUGCGGCAAAAGAAUGCUGGAAUUUAUGUUCGCCCUCGGUUGUUCUCUCCGUAUGUAGAAGAGGCCAAGUCAGUACUUGAUGAGAUGAUGGUGGAACAGACGGAUUUGGUUCGUUUGAGGAUGGUUCGAAUGUCCAAUGUCCCAGACACACUCUACAUGGUGAACAAUGCAGUACCUCAGUGCUGUCAUAUGAUUAACCACCAGCAAAUAAGCAACAGCCAGACAAUCCCUCCUACUGUGGUGGCAAAUGAAAUACCAGUUCCUCCUCUUCAUGUGGUGAAAGAAAUGAUAAGACGGCUGCAGGAGCUUCGUCAUACUGAGCAGGUUCAACGUGCAUAUGCCCUAAAUUGUGGAGAAGGUGCUACAGUUAGUUAUGAAAUUCAGAUAAGAGUUUUGAGAGAAUUUGGUCUUUCAGAUACAGCAGCAGAAUUAUUACAGAAUCCUCACAAGUUCUUCCCUGAUGAGCGGUUUGGGGAUGAAAGUCCGCUUCUAACUGUGCGGCAGUCUGGAAGAUGCAGGAUAAAUAGUACUCCUGCUGCUGAAACAAUGUUUACUGAUAUAGACCCUUAUGUGGCCUUCCAUCCUCCACUGCCCCCACCACCACCACCUUACCAACCACCAGCGACUCCUAUGCAUAAUCAGUUCAAAUCUGGUUGGAAGCAUCGAGUACCCAGCCAGCAUCCCUCCCGCUCUUUCUCUUACCCCUGCAACCAUUCACUCUUUCACUCUCGAACAAUCCCAAAAGCCACGCCUCCCACAUACUUGCCAGGAUCAAAAGCAGUACCACCUGAUUGUACUAACAAUACUGGACUUGGGAGGCAAACAGUGGCAGCGGCAGCGGCAGCAGCAAUGGCAGCAGAACAGCAAGUGUGUGGUGAGCCAGUUCUGAAUGAGUUCAUGCCGGAUAUUGCAAUGGGUGUAUCCACUAUGACACUAAAAGACAGAAGAUUGCCUGAACUAACAGUGGACACACAGCUCAACCAGCAAGUGUCGGAGUUGAUGACUGGCCCUCCUCCACACAUUUCAUGUAUUUCAGCCAGGCACAUGCACAGUGCAAGGAAGAAACAGAGUGUAGAGCAAAAAAUGGAGGCAAGAGAAAGCCAGACUGAGUAUCCAGACUUUUAUGACUUUUCAAAUUCGGCAUGCAGGCCAUCUACCCCAGUCCCCAGUAGACAUUCCCCUAUACCCUCCCAGGGUAUAUAUUUUGGUCCUGAUUUGUACAGCCACAGUAAGCUACCAUCAAGUAGCUUAAAAUCUGCUUAUCGCUCGAGCCAGAUUUCUCCUAAAAAGCAAGAGGAUUUGAGGAGAGAAUAUAUGUUUUCCCAAGACAGUCAUUCACACAGACAAAAGAAUGAACCAUUACACCUCGAUGUCUUAGAACAGCCUCCACAACGACUAGAUUUAGCUCUAGCUACCCAGGAAAAUGCAAACCAUGGUCCUCACCACACAAGGGGAAGAACUAAAAUAGAAACUGAUUUAACUUACGGCCUGACCUCAAACAGACCUUUGCAUCCUGCCUAUGGCUCUGAUUUACAGGAAGAGCGAUCCUUUAGAAGAAUCAUUGACAGUGAUUUAUUGGAUCAUGGUGCACAAAGGAAUAUGGACCUUGAAAGAGACGAUGCAGUAGGCAGAGAAAGGAGGUCUCCAAACAAACCAGACUUUCUCUACAAAAAAUCUGCUCUUUGAAAAUCACUUGAUUUCUCUGUGCCUGAAACUUGUGGAAUACUACAAUUUGGCCUGAGCUGUGUCUUUCAGUGCUUUGGGCCGGAUAGGUGGCCCAGCAUCAUAACUUCAGCUGCAUGCACCUAGUUUCUAUCAGCACUGCAUCUGGUGAUUUUUCCAUUGAAUAGACUUUGCAGUCUUUUUUUAAGUUGGCACCUUUUUACAGUUAAAUUUUGCACCUGUACAUUUUUACUUACAUUUUUUGUAGCGCUACAGUCAGUGAAACCCAUAACUAUAUUUUUUGACUGGCUUCUUUUGGUUACGGUCAGUUAAUCUCCCAUUUUCACUCUCCACUCAGUAAAGCACUCUGAAACCUAUUUUCUUAAAAGAAACAAAGUAUUUAUUUUUGAAUCCAGAAAUCCAAAGAAGAGCAAAUAGGUGAACUACUCAUUUCCUAAAGUCUGGGUUUGUGCAGUGUUUGAUGCCAUCCUAAUGCAUGUAUGUUUGCUCUUGUGGUUGUCCUGUAAGUGGCAGGAAAUUGUUCAGCCCCUGCACCAAGCAUAAAUCCACUCUUUAAAGUAGCAGAAUGUGGGCAUUUAUCACCACCCUUUCACCACAUAACUCCUUGUAAUAUUAGAGCUGUUUAUUUUUGAUGACUGGACGUACUGUUUUAGCUUUGCAUGUUUCCAGCCAGUUUUCUUUUAGCAAUGCUGUCCUGCCAUGUUCUAAUUUUUACUGGGUAGGUUCCUUUUUGAUAGUGACUCUUCUUUUAUAUGAAGUUACCGACAUUAUAUAUCUUUCUGCUUACUUGCUUAAACCAGUAUACUGCUUGUGACAUCUAUAAACCAACUUUACCUGCAAUCUCAUGCACUCAGUCAUGCCAAGGAUUUUGCUAUAAUACUGCUUUUUGCUAGCAAAAAAAAACAAUUAUGCUAACAAUAUAUACCACAGGCACUCCUUUGCAAUCCAGUUCCUUUAGAUGAACAUUCAUUAGGAAUGAAGGUAAGCCUUUGACCUACCUCUUAUUAAGCUUAAUAUUUUCUUUUGACCAACAAAAGUUUUUGGUUUUAUAAUGUGGCAUAAUGGUAUCGGAAUUAAAGAAAUUUGGGUUUUGAACAGCAUCUUACAGCAGAUUUUUAGCCUCUCAUGCUUAGCAAUAACAAGUUGAGAAAGCAGUUGCACAAAACAAAGGUCAAAGACUUGUCGUGAUUGCUUUUGGAACAGGACUGGCAUAGCCUUUUUACUAUUAGUUAUACAUAAAUAAGGUUUGGUAGAAUUAAUAUUUGACAGUCUCAUGGGUUUUCAAGUGGAGUUGUUUGUCCUUUUUCAUUGCUAGGUUGUUGUGAUGAGAAUAACAAAAGUUUUCCUCUGUCCUCCUGUCUAAUUGAAGAAUGCAAUUGGUGCAUUUGAAACUGCAUAUAUUUUUUUUUAACGGAUUAUUAAUUUCAUGCACUUCAUGGUCAGAUGGACUUGGAUUUUAAUGAAAUAUACCUCAGAGAUGCCUUUGCUUUUUAAAACUUUUUAUCCUUUGAAAACUAUCUAUGCCAAGCUGUUAGGCAACUGUCUUCUAUAAUAUGCUGUCAAUCUUUCAUUUGUAGUACAUAUGCAUUGCAAUAUUAUGGUAGCCUAUUUAUUCAGAUAUCUUUUUUUUAAUUGCACUGACAAGACAGUUCCCAGUGACAAAAGGUAUGUGCAUUUUAACUUAAUUUCUUGCAGGCUGAGAGCAUUUAAUUAAUAGGACGUACUAGCUACUUUGCAAUCAGGAAUCUUUUCUUAAUAUAGUACAGCACAUUUUUAUUUUUGUUCUUUUAUCCUAGACCAGCUCAGUUCACUUUAACAUUCCUGCUCACUAAGAACCUCUUCUACAGCAAUGUUCUUGCUAAUGUCCUUUAAGUGCUCACUUAUGCUAUAUGCAGGUCUUCAUCCUCUAUACUGGAAUCUUGUGACUGCACCGUAAUAACACUUGCAACUCUCUCUGUAUACAGGCUGAAAAAUCAUUGGCUGAGGCUUUUCUACUGUUAAAGGAGACGUAUGGCCAUUUUGAGAAGUUAUCUGCAGAUUUGCUUUAAAUUAGUAAAGCACAUAAAUGAAAUCUUAUUGUGGCCACUGAACUUUAAUUUUGCUUUAUACUAGCCUGUAUUCAUAUGGGUUGCAGCUUUGUUACUGACAUAAGAGUACCAUCAGAGAUGUUGUUGUCAAUGAUAAAUUGUGCCCAUCUAUUGCCGACUUUGGAGAAUAAUUUAGGUAAUAAAGCAAUAUAGUAGUUUCCAACCAUGUUAGUUUUUACUGGAUAAUUAUUGCCUGUUUAUGCCCCCACACCCAAUACACAUGACAGGCUCUUAACCUUGUAUGCAGAAAACUUAUUUCCAUUUUUAAAGGGGCAUGAUAAUAAAGCAAUAGUUUGUGCCUAUAAACAAUGUGUAUUGCUAUGGUAAAGUCUAAAAAAUCUGAAAGCAUUACCUAAAUUUUGAAAAUAUAAGUAAGAGUUUCUUUAAAUUUGUGAUUUUAGGUCAUCUGCAAGAGAAAAUCGCUUGCACUUUUUCUAAAUUUGGAUAUUAUUUCAAAAGUGACUGAAUAACAUUUAAUUUUACUUCCUCACGGAAACAAGUACAGAAUCAUGCACUCAAACAGAAAUACCAAUGCUAAUAAAAAUAAGGCUUUCUAGCAGGCUCAUACAGAUAAGGGAAAUCCAGGGUUAACGCAAACCCUUAUACCCAAGUUAAAGCACUCAGUGGCAUUUUAAGGACAAUUCAUAAACCGUGACUGUAAAUAAAUCUGUAAUAUGUAUGUGGCUGAGCUGUUCUGGGAUCUCUUUUACUAAGUAAUCUCUGAUUUUUUUUUUUUUAAGUAUCAUGAAUUUUAAGGUGUUGCCCACGCCCAAAAAAAUGUGAUUAUUCUAAAGCAAAAGUAGCUGUGGUAGAAGCAUACAAGCUGUUUUUCACAUGAUGUCCUCCCAGGGCAUAUAGUCAAGGCUGAUUGUUGCCAUUUGCUGGUGUAUAAGCAGCAAGCAUUGAAAGAACGUGUACAUCUUCCAUUGAAGGCGCCCGAGCAAAAUCUCUGUUCAGGGCUGCAUUGGCAGAAGGGGGUAGAACUCCUAUUGUUUCUGCCUCCAUAUCUGACGAUUCAGCCCUGAAUGUCUGUGGAGGAUGGGAACAAACUUUUGUGCGACUAAUGGUCGCACGAAAGAUCGAAAAUCGCUGCGUGUAUGACCACCAGUAAGGCUCUCAGUAACACUGAAUCAUUGAGUAGCAAGAAUGUUACAGAGCAAAGUAAAGUAUUGUUGAGCAAGGAUUUGGCAAUUCUUUGUGUUUUGUGCUUAGAACUCUUGAUUCAGUGUAGUUUCAAUUACCUUUUGUUUCUAGUAGACUGCAAGCCUUCCCUGCAGGAACCGGAGGUGGCUAUACAUGUUAAGAUGUUUCUCUCUAACGACCAAUUUCAGUGCAAUCCGUCAAACUAUCGUAAUGUUAGUGGGCACCGAACGAUCGUACAUCUAGCAAUUUUUCAUCUGACAUUAGUCAGAAAAUUGAUUGGGCUGGUUUGAAAAUUUGUCAUUAGCAAUGAAAUUUGCACAUUGUCCAACUGUUUGCAGGACCAAGCAGGUAGUUUUCCCAGCGUCAACUAGAUGAAAUGGUUGUUUUCGUUGACAAAUUGUACUUUAACAUUUGAUUGUUUCAGGAUAAACGUUGUCCUGCCACAAAGAAAAGAAUCUUUAAAAAAUCUUAGUGUGUGGCCAGCUUAAGUCUGGAAUGUUUUCUUUCACCCCAGUGUUUCUAAUAUCACAAUCUACAGAAAUAGUUGGACUUUGGUGCUUUCUUUCAGUUUGAGCAUAGUUUAACAAGUACCGCUAUCAGGUGCUAAUAUUGUUGCCUUCAACAAACCUCUGAAGAGGGAACUUUAAAGGGCUCCAGUCUAAUCCAUUUCUGUUGUCUUGGCUCUUAGAUUUCUUUUGGAGAAACGGUAAAAAAGCUGACAUUCUCCCCAGCAUAGAAAUUUUAGCUGAUGAUUGUGACGGUAAUUAAUUAAAUCUUGAUUUUGACGUCACCAAACUAAAAUAUUUUAAUGUAAUAUUUGACUUUAUAAGCGGCAAGUUCUGGUGUUAGUCUGUGUAAGUGACUAGAUGUGAUAAGUGAUUUGACUAGCUGUAAGAAUCUUUGGUUAGAAUGAAGGUGUUUGUGCAAAAAGAAACAAUCACAUUUUUAGGGUUCAUUUUCAGAAGCUUUGUGUUGCAUGAUUACACAAUCCUUGCAUGCUCUUGGAAUAUAAAUGAUUUCAACAUCCCUUCAUGACAAUCAGGCCUUUAACUGACAAUCAAGUUGGUUGUUUGCCCCCUUGCUGAGUUUGUGUUUGAAAGUGGUUAGAACGUUAUAUUUUGUGUUGACAUAAAUAAAGUCUUGCAUAAGAAAGUUAGAUUGGGACCAUGAACCUGACAUUUCCACUCUAUGGUCCAAAAGUAUCAGGCUAACAAUUAAAGUCCUAUGCAGAUAUAGAAGACCUGUCGCAAUUGACCCACCCAUUUGCACUUACCCCAUCCCAAGUUCUGAUAACACUUCUGCCUGAUUCCAUUGCCAAUUUUGCUUUUCAGUAACGCAGGCAAUAGUAAUUUAGCACUAUACAAGCAAAGCCCCCCUUUUUUUCCCCCAAAUGUUCAUUUGGUUUAGGAACACUAUCCAGCUACAGGACAAUACAUAUAUCUGUUGACAGAGAUGUAAGUCCAAACUAACAUUUUGCCUAAUGUAAACUGUAAGGUAAUGAGGUUCUAAGCAGCUUUCCAAUGGUUAAGAUUUUUGUAUGUUAAUUGCAAGAAAGAAGCAUUUUUUCCUGCAGUGCUGAUUGUAAAUCUGGUAAAAAUGCUGCCGAACCUGCUCUCCUUUAGCCAAGAUUCUGUCUGCCUUGCAUGCUUCUUUACAGUCUUUUACUUAACUGGAUUCUGCAACAUUGUUUCAGUAGCCAGAACUGACUGCAAGAAAGCGACAACUAUGUAAGUGCAAUUGCAUUUACAAACAGCAUUAAUCCAUCCCAUUGUUUACUAAUGCAUAUUGGAAAGUUGCUUACAAUUGUAAUUUCUUUUAGGAAAAAUUUUAUCCAUGUGGCCCCUUUAAAGAUACUGUAAGUGCUAAAGUGCUUUGCUCUGUUGUGCUAAGUGCAUGGGGAAAUACACAAUGUACACAUUUGUUUUGUUCCCAUACUUUUUUUGGCUAUGAGCAAAGUGUUGCUGUUUUCCCUGGGCUUGGCUGUGUUCACAGAUUUUUAGCUAAAAGUGCCAGUUUUCUGACAAUACAUGGUUACACUGACAUAUGCAGUUUAUACGUCUUUGGUGUUGUUUUAAAGGGAAAGUCCACCUUAAAAAAAAAAAAAACUGUUAGUAUAUUAUAGGUGACCAAAGAAACUUUCAAGCUGGUCUUUAGUUUGAGUUUUGAAUAAUUAGAUUUUCUUUUCUGACAUUUUAAGCCUGCAGCUCUCUGGUCACUGACCCUGCAAUCAGAUUGAUUAUGUGGCUUUAUUUUUUAUCUUUAUUAUACUAUCUCCUGUGCAUCUUCCACUCUGACAUCAAAACUGCCGCCUGGUACAACCAUAUAGUCUAACUCAGAGAGCUGCAGGUCAAAAAAUCUACUUAUACAAAAAAAAGUCAUAUUAAUACUACUUGCAUUUUCUUAGAAUACUGUACUAAAGUUAAAGAAUCAUUGAAGAUGUUAACAAGUCUAGUUACUUUAGAUUUAUUUAUACUAGAUAUACCAUGACCUGGAUGAAUGAAAAUCUUCAUAGUCAUAUGUACUAAAGUUAAUUCUAAGGGCAAGUACCCCAUUAAAUACAAAUACAUAUUCCGGCAUUCCAUUUUUUAUUUUUUUUUUGCAUUGCCUCCCUUAUAUUUACCAGCUCACAUUAUGUGAGUACAGAUGAGCAAUAGAGCUGUAAAUGAUUGCAGCACCUCUCUUGAGUCAGAGCCACCAUGACUGGGAGCCAGAAUCUAUGAUACCACAUUUUAAUAGGCUGUAUUAGACUUUGUAUAUAAAUUGUUUGCACUGGGAUGGAGCUGAGAAAGCAGAGGCUCAUGUUACAGAUUAUUUAUCCAAUAAUUAGUCAUUUGAAGCUUAUUUAAUAAUUCCCUGUUUUGUAUGGGUUCUGUGUGUGCUAUGGUAAGGAAACAUAAAAUGUACGCAUUUUAAAUGCUAUUUAAUGGUCAACCUUACAUUUUCUAUUCGACUUUGUACAUUCCAACAAUUAUUGGGAAAGACCAUGUAUGUGCAGGCUUCAGUUCACUUUUGUAACCCAGUUGGCGUUUGCUUGCAUAAGUUAUGUUUAUUGCCAGCACAAAUUUUCAGCAUUGUUUCCUUGUAUUAUAUACAUUAUUGACACUUAUGUUACUGGUGAGGUUCAUUUGACUUUCAGGGUUUCAGAUGUUCUCGUGCCAACCAAAUUUGUAACACCAGUUCAACUGACAUAUCCCUCAUUGGCGUCUGGCUGACUUGGUGACUGAAUCAUUGGUAAAAAAAAAAAAAAAUGCCAGCAAAGCACCCUAAAUCAUUCUAUGUUCUUGCCCUAAACCGCCAAGUGCUCUGGAGAAUUAGCUUUUUGCAUAUCUAUGCAUAGAUCUAGACCAGAGAAGUUCCCCAGCUUACUGCUGAAAAAGUCCCAUUGAAUUAUUAUAUACACUUAGUUUGGUAUCAUUUACAAAACCCUUUUUCUUUGGACUUGCAGGGAAUGAAGCUUUGGUGUAUUCUGUUACCUACAGAUUUGUGAUUGUGUGCAUGUGUCUUACUUCUCAUACAUUAACUAGUUUCCUAUUGGGCUAAGAUUUCUGAAACAAUAACACAAAAACAUGCAUUUUUGUAAGCAGUUAUCUCUUUACUUGCCGUACCAUAACAUUCACUUCCAUUUUUCCCAUCUAUUUUAUUAUCCAUUUGUUUUGGUUUUAUUAAUAAUAAGUAUUGGCAUUUAUCCUUGUCAGUGUGACAUGAUUGAAGGUGAAUCUUUGCAUAAACAGUACAAACUAUAUGGCUCCACAUAAAAUGUUUGUUUUCAAUGUUUUUCCUGCUGCUGUCUUGUGGAUUGUUUGCUGUGGGUAAUUAACCAAAAGCAAAUUUGCCCAGUUUUGGUAAAUCUGCCACACUGAUAAGAACUGACCUGGGGAAAAGUUCAUUAAAACAUUUGUUGUGUCCCUAAAUCUGUGCCCGCUGGAUGAAAAUCUUAGGCUGAUGUCCCACGUUGAGAUUAGUCGACCGUGAUAGAUCUUCGCUACCAUGAAUCUCUGAAAUACCUUUUUACUGGCAAUGAUGUGAAUCACAUAACCAUUGCCAAGUCGCCCAGAGUUUCCUUGCGAGGAAGGACAAGUUAGAGAUACAUAUGCCUUUCCACCAGCGAUUCACAUUAUUGCAGUAUUGGUAUUUCGGAGAACUUAGUCAUCUGCAGUAGCAGAACCGCAGGCACCUAGUCUCCCUGUGGCCCAUUACCCAUAUGUGUUCGUGUAUACAUACACAGCCUCUUUCUUAGUUGCUCUCCUCUGUGUUGGCUUUCCUGGCUCCUAACCAUGUUAUACAGGUACUUGUGUCCAUCCCUAAAAGAUAACAAUGGCUAACCGUGUGACCUGUUGUAUUAGCAGUGAAUAAGCAUUCAAAUGAAGCUUAUCAUUCAGUGAAAUAAGUAAUCAAGCUGCUUUGAAUGAAUUAUAUUCACUAUAGGAUCCAUUAUCUGGAAACCAGUUAUCCAGAAAGCCCUGAAUUAUGGAAAGGGCAUCUCCCAUAGACUCCAUUUGAAUCAAAUAAUUACAAUUCUUAAAUAUGAUUUCCUUUUUCUCUGUAGUAAUAAUAAAACUGUACCUUGUACUUGAUCCCAACUAAGAUAUAAUUAAUCCUUAUUGGGUGCAAAAUAAUACUACUUGGUUCAAUUAAUGUUUUAAAUUAUUUUUUAGUAGACUUAAGGUAUGGAUAUCCAAAUUACAGAAAGACUCCUUAUACGGAAAACCCCAGUUUCUGAGCUUUCUGGAUAAAGAGUCCCAUAUCUUUAUUGCAAAGUUUGGACCGAACCAUGAAUUUUUGCUCUAAAGGGCAACCAUCAUACUUAUGUUUCAUAGUUUUGUUUUUGCUUACAGUUCAUAUAUAUCUACAGUUUGGUUGCAAAUUUAUAAGGGCAGAUCCCUUUAAGUGCAAAUCUAUAUACAAUCAGGUGGCAUUUUGGUCCACAAAGAAGAAAAGAAACUGCAUUCCAAGCAGCAUGCUUUAAGUAAAUGUUAUUCCAUAAACACAACAUUUGUGUGAGAAAACUGCAUUACCAGGCAUUUCCUGCUUUUCUUUAACACCUUUUAAUUAUCAGUGGCGUAAAAAAAAGUCCAUCAGUUGGAAGAAGAGUUACUAAUGUACUGCCUGGUAUUUGUUUCAAGAUCAGUAUAGACGACCAUAAAACCUGUGAACUAGAUUGAAGUUGUCGCUGUUAUCUGCUCAUUUUGUUGGAAUGGGAUUUUCAGUUUGGAGUGGUUGUGGUUAUACAUGCAGUUUUACAUGUUCUGGUACAAGUGCCUUUAAUGCUUAAGGCUCAGACAAAAACUCUUAAAGAUCUGAUUUUAUGUCCUAUGCAAGUGUUUUCUAGAACCUGCAUAACAAAUACUUUGUAAGAUUUGUUUAUGAUCCAAUUGUACAUAGUGUUUUUAAAGAAUAGUAUUUUUAUUUAGAAACUUCCAAACUUGAAUUUGUGUCUCGUGUGAUGCAUUGUAUUACACCUUUCUCUUUUGACUACCAUUGCAGUUGUACAAAUGUUUUCACUGGUUCUAUUUUUCUACUGUUACUGACAAGCAUGUAACAUGGACUUUAUUCUACAUUUAGUUGGCAUUUCAAAAUAAAUGGCUUGUAUAGAAAACAUGAAGUGUAAGUUUGUCUUUUCCUCAUCUGCACUAACCUCACAUGUAUUCUACACCAUAAAAAGGAUUUUUAUAGCAGAUCUGUCGAGCACACAAGUGACCAAUUUUACAGUUUCAAUAGCCUGCAGUAGCUUCACCAACCCUUUAUAGCAGUCUGUAGAGCAGUUAUGAUUGAAACAUGGGGAAUGAGUGCUGGGUCUUAGCAGCGAGAAAUGUUGUAUCUUGCUUUUCAUCAGAUGCAAUAAAAAGUCCGCCUUUUUGUGACCUUAAUAAAUACAAUCUUUUCUCAUGGGAAAAACUGUUGCAGUUGCGUUUUGUCAUUUCUAAUUUUACAUAUACCCCAGGCAGUGGUAGAUAAAGCAGUGCCCUCCUUUUUAAACAGUAGGAACACUGCAUGUGAAACAUGGAGAAUUGACAGUAGAACCUGUUUGUAUGUAUCGUGUUCCAACUAAUCUGACAGGACACAGAAGUACCUGGAGGAAAUUAUGUGUUGGGGCAUACAUUUAUAGACAACAAAACCAAGCAAGCCAGCAUACCCACCAUAAACACAUUAGCCUUAAGUUGCAUUUUAUGAAAUACAAAGAUAUUGGGGAGUUGUGGGAACCCCCCAGGCUAAAUGAAAUACCAUAUUAUAGCUACAGAUCUGGCCAAAGCAUGAAGUACUAUCCACAGAACUUUUUCUGUGUAACUUCAUACAUUUACAUUAUUAUUAUUAUUUUUUUUAAUAAAGUAAGGCCUUAGUUUUGGUUAUGAAGCAAUCCUGUGUUCAUACUAUGUGGGUCUAUUACCACUUCCAUAUUAAGGAGGCUUUUCAUUGAAUGUAAUGCAUAGUGGUCUGUUUAUAGCAUCUUUUGGCCCACCUUAUACUGGCUGUACACAUAUCGAUAAAUCUUGCAUAUCGGUAAAUCUAUGCAUAUAUACUAUGCAUAUCGGUAUAGGGACUGGGCAUCGGGGUGAUUGGCUGGAUACUGUACAAGGCUGGACAGUGUAUUGGAAAAUUUCUUGUAAUGACAGAGGUCAUGUCGAUCCUCAAAAAGCUCCAGUCAUAAAGGGCACUUAUUGUAGUGGAAAUCACGUGAACCCCAGAAUGGAACUACGCACGCAUGGAAAAGAUACACUAAACACAGGAAGCCAAAAGAGAACAUAGGUGACACGGGUCACCAUGUGACUGGGUGGAAGUUGGAAACCUGCUCAGGUAUGUGUGGGGAUUAUUGUUUGUCAUAUACUGAUUUUCCUGUUUGCUUUAUUUACAUCUAUGUACUGAUACAGAUUGGAGCAAGAAUGUACUUUUUUUUUUUUUGCCUUGGGUUAGUAGUUAUUAUUGCAUAACUAAAUAUGUUUGUAAGUGGUGCUGUGUAGCUAUCAUUAGGGUCUGUUAUCAUUAUUCUUUGUAAUAUUCUGAUUUUCCUCUUUGCUUUAUUCACAUCUGUGUACAGGUAGUACAAUGGAGUACAGUCAGCACCCGAAGACUUAAUAUCUACUUUGGUUGAGAAACAUCGCUAGAGUGAUGAUACAGACUGUGCUUUUUUAUGCCUGGGGUGUUUCAGUGGACUGCCAUCAACAUCUAUUAACUUAAUAUCCACUUUGGUCGAGCAACAUUGCUAGGGUGAUGAUACAGAUGAAGCAAGUAUGCACUUUCGUGUGCCUUGGGUGGACCAAUGGUGUACAGUCAGCACAUGAAGACUUUACAUCCACUUUGGUUAAGCAACAUUGCUAGGGUGAUUCAGAUUGUAUCAAGAAUGCACCUAUUAAAUCCUUGUGUACAGUGGACUGCAAUCAACGUGCAUUGACUUAAUAUCCACUUUGGUUUAGAAAUAUUGCUAGGGUGAUGAUACAGACGGAAGCAAGAAUGCACUUUUUUGUGCCUUGGCUCCUGAAGACAUCUGAACACAACUACUACUUCUCCUUUAAGAGAAGGGAGUGGGCAGACAUUCAGUGCUCAUGGAUUGCUUGAACAGACACUGCUGUCUGAAGAUCUUUACUGACACAGGCGUCAUUUCACCGUUAUGUAUUAAGAUUCUGUGUAAAAUUAAUUAUAGGGGUUGUUCACCUUUGAGUUUACUAUUAGUAUGAUGUAGAGAGUGAUAUUCUCAGACAUUUUUCAAUUGGUCUUCAUUUUUUAUUAUUACUUUUUGUUUCCCAACUCUCCAGUUUGGAAUUUCAGCAGUUAUCUGGUUGCAGGGAGUUGCUAAUUUAGAGUUGCAAUAAAAGCCUGGAAUAUGAAUAGAAGAGGGUCUGAAUAGAAAGAUAAGUAAUAAUAACACUAAAUCUGUAGCCUCAUCGAACAGUAGUUCUUUGGCUGCUGGGGUCAGUGACCCCCAUUUGAAAUUUGGAAAGAAUCAGAAGAUGGCAAAUAAUUGUAACUAUACAAAAUAAAUUAUAAAAAUCAAUUGAAAAGUUGCUUAGAAUUGGACAUUAUAUAACAUACUAAAAGUUGACUUAAAAGUGAACUACCCCUUUAGCUUAAUAUUUAAACCAGGGUUGCAUCUUUAGAUCUGUCAUAGCUAUAAACAAAGCAAUAUAAUUGCAUAUGUCGGGAAACCUACCCAUUCUCCAUGGAGUCCUGUUUAACUAGCAAUUCUUUAUUUUUCAGUGAUGUGCUUUUCUCUGUAAUGACACAGUACUUGGAAAUAAAGCAGCAUAAAUUCACAACCCAA